GACUCCGGCAUCGCUCUAUCCAUCAACACUCUCAUUUUUGAACAUACAAGCCUUGUGUGGCUUCGAUGCUGCACACUCGUUCUGCGGCUGCCCACGAUGGUGGUUUUAGUUGAUCUGGACGACGAUGAACCGACCUCAUUAGAGAAUCCCCACCCGUCCUCUGGCCGGUUUAACGUUAAGCCGUUGUAUCACUCUCUUGAUGCGCCGACAGAAGGGAGCGUGACGGCGGGCUACGAGAGGCCGAACCCGAAUAUCAAUGGAUUCAGCCAGGCACUGAGCUGCUAUCCAAUAGUCAGCCAGCUCGCCGCUCAGCUCGACCUCAACACGCUGCAUGACCUCUCGCGCACUUGCAGGCAGUUCCGCGCCAACCUACUCGAGUAUCGCAGCCAACUUGUCAAGCACACACUUCAUUGCGAGAAUGAAGACGGCGAACUCGGCGAGAAGCUGGAGUCGCGACUGCAAGAGGGGCGACACGGUAUGGUCCUGGAGAAUAGACUGACGACUGGUCGUGUCGGGAAGUGCGCACGCGAUAUGGUGGGCGACUGUCAGCGGUGUGGAGAUAUCGUGUGCCGAAACUGCACCAUGAAACCUCCACCAACACCCACACUUCGCGCGCGCCAUCGUCGACUAUGCCGGACAUGCGCCAAAGCGCCCCUCCCACUGCUGAUGGCUGCACAAAAGCAGCGCACGUCGUCAAUGUCGUCGUCGUCGCCACCUGGGUCCCCCGACACACAUCCAGUGCUCUUUGACGGUGACAAGCCGAGAGCCUUCACAGCUCCAGCUUUCGAACGUACGCCCUGCAAUUGCGACAAUGUGGUCUGGCUUUGCGCGCCAUGUGGCAAGGACCUGCGAAAUGCAGACACCCACUAUGUCCGCGGUUGGAGCUACCGCACGACGUACACUCGCAUGCUGGGCGGCUUAGGCGUUGGGUUUGGCGAGGGUAUUGAGGGCGUAGAGUGCGGGCGAGGCAGUGCGUGCUUGGGUUCACGUAUUGUCGAGCACGAGACCUGCGAGCAGAACCUCUUGGACACUAUCGAGAGAUCGCAAACUCCAGAGUCGCCCGAACGCUGGAGGGGUUCUUGCUACCUCACUCAGGAGAUUGAAGGCAUUGGCGGGGUACUAAAAGUCAAACACAAGAAACAGGUGCGCGUUGGAGAGUGUGUCAAGCUAUACGAAGAUGAGAAGACCAAGUCGAUCCAAUAUCUCGAGCGCGAGGUCAAAGGUGAGCUCAGAAGCUGGUGCUCCUGGUGUGAGCGUGUCGUCCGGAGCAAGAAGGACGAGGCCGAGGUUGCUGGCAACAGACCCACGUCAAGUGGCUCAAGCUCAUCUUCGUCUAGCAAGCGAAAAUCCUCGUACUAGGUAAUGAUAUGUGUUUUUUGUAGCCACAUGAAACUUCCUAGGAACUGGUAAAUUUCAUCAACCUGCUGCAAUUAUGCUUGCUUCGUCAAUCCCAUAUACUCUAGUGAUCCUGCGUCGACAGAUGGGACCCUCGCUCGUGGCAUAAAGAAACGUGAUUUCUUCUUCCUUCGCGAGGCACCCCGUUGACGUGGGGGAAAUAUGAUUGGGUCUCACCCUUCGCCAGUGAUCGUUGGUGUUGUGCUUACAGUUGAAGUUGUUCAUGUAUAGGCGAAUGUGAGCCACCCAUUCGAUGUGAUCGACAAUUUUGGUGUGGCGACGGGGAAGACGCUUAAUUCCAAAGUUGAUGCCUGUGGAAGAGCUGUACAGCCAGUGCUGUGGUUAGUUGUAAUCGAAUGUAAGGUUAUGCAUAGACUUGGUAGAACUUCAGGUGUAGAUAAUUUCGAAUGAU